AUGAAGUCAUCCGAACCACCGACUUCGUCUCUCGUCGCUUCUGCCCGCAUGCUGAAUUGCACGCGAGGUCACAUUGGAAUAUGCGCCGUCGUGCUAAUGUUCAUGAUGUCGACUGUGGUCUGGAAACAAACAGACUUGAUCGCGGUUCGACUUCCUUCUUUCGAGCAACAAACACCGAAAACACUGGAUUCCAACAAAACCACAUCUCCUAACGGUACCUUGGAUCGUUUCUGGUCAGCCAACGGAGAAUGCAUGAAGGAUCUAUCGCACUGGGAAAAGCCAGCAGAUAUUAGCAAAAUUAUGGGACUUGUGUUUUAUGGCCGACGACAGUCUGUCUCAAUCCUGGAUUGCUAUCUCAAGCGCAAUCUUGUGAAGAACGGUGGCUUGCUGGAUGGAGUCAUAUUUGUGGAAAGAACUAGAGAUCCCCAUGAUCUCGCGCUUUUGAACAAACUCAUUGAAAGCGAGAAUACAUACGAGAAAUGGGAAGUUGAAUUGAGCGAUAUCGAUAAUUUUACAAGUGGCUUUGGCAGCUCCUAUGACAGAGUCGAAGACAAUGUCAUGUACGUCAAGAUUGACGACGAUAUCGUCUUUAUGGAAGACAGUGUGAUUCCUUCCAUUGUCAAGAAGAAGGUCGAUCACCCUGAGUACUUCAUCGUCUCUGCCAAUGUAGUCAAUCAGCCGCUCCUCAGCUGGAUUCAUUGGAACUUAGGAUCCAUACGACCCUACCUUCCUGAGGUCGACGAGACAAACAAGCCUAGGUACUCAAAGAUCGACAAUCAGAAAAAGUUUGACUGGAAACUCUCGAAUCUACCAUCAUGGAAAGGACCAGAGUCUUUCUCGCUUGCCAGUUGGGAGUCUGAUGGUGUUAAGCAUCGCUGGCUUCCCCUCAACAAAAACAGAAAGGACCAUAUACUCGACACAACCCCCAUCGAAGGGACCGAGUACCACCCCAUGGGUCGCGGCUGGACCGAGUGGAAGAUUGGCGCGCAAGAACACUACAGUUUUUUUGAGAAUCUCGAGAAGAAGACGCUAUCCGCCUAUAAGUUUGGUACAUGGGACUUUCAGUACGAGCGAAUGGGCAUUCAGUUCGUUGCUUUGCUGGGCAGGGACAUCAACCAGGCGAAGCCAAUCGAGGCUGAUGAUGAAAACCACUUCUCAUGCAGCAUGCCACGCACGCUGGGACGACAUGCUGUCGCAGAUGGGCGUGGGGUCGUUGCUCAUUACAGCUUCGGAAUUCAGCGCGAGGGCAUGGACCAAACCGAUGUUCUUGACCGGUAUAGAUCAUUCGCGCUUGACAACAUCUGUGCAGGACCUAUGCUAUGGACUCCUAACGAAGAUUAA